UUAGCAGUUUCCUCUUUGCGCAGGAUCAGGGCAGGGUUUGAAUUUCCUCUUUGAAACACUUGCUUCACACAGUAAGCUCUCAGCCUGAGAUACACUAACUGGCAUUAGCACAGUGUUAGGACCGAGCUUGGACCAACAGGUGGACCAUCAGUCAGGGUAUCGUCUCUUACAACAUCCCCCAUCACCCUCACCUUGCUCAGCAUCACCCUCACCUUGCUAGGCAGAGAACUACCAUGAUCUCACUUCAGAGGAUGUUGGGCCUCUUCAUGCUCAUGCUGUUACAUGGAGCACCCAUAACUCCAGGAACUAUGACCACCCUCCCAGCAACAGCCAAGCCAAAAUUAGUUACCUUUCCUCUUGAGCUCAACCCUCCCAGAGUGGUGGUGAGAUAUGGAGACUCAGUCUCAGUUAACUGCAGCACAUCAUCCACAGACCAUGAGGGGAUGGGCUGGGAGGCCACAUUCGGAGGUACAGAUUCUAAAAAAAAUGUCAGCAUUGUCACCUGGACUGUGGAUAACCUUACUGAUUGGACAAUAGAACCUAUAUGCUACAUGACUCUCAUUGACGGCAAACAACCCUCAAAAGUACUUCCAGUCAUUCUCUACAAGACUCCAGACAGCGUCUCCAUCUCUGUUCUGAGACACUCUGGUCCCAUGGUGGAGGGGACAGAGUACCAGCUGCAGUGUGACAUCCAGAACAUGGCUCCUCUACAGAACCUGGUUGUGAAGUGGUACAAAGGGAAUGAACCCUUAGAUAAAUUAACUUACAGUAACGUCAGUAAGACACCAGUGGAUAUGUCACCUACUCUGAUGAUCAGCCCCAGUAGACAUGAUGAUGGAGCUCAGUAUAGAUGUAGAGCAGAACUGGACCUGGGACCAGAGGGACCACAACCCCAUCCUACAGUAACAUCAGAACCUCUCAGCAUUACUGUGCACUACAAGCCAGUGAUUGAAUGUCCAAGCCAGUACAGUGUCGUGGAGAAUUCCACCCUCGAGAGGAUCCCUUGUACAUUCAAUGGGAAUCCUCCCCCUAACGUUGUGUGGUACCAGGAGAGCAGACAGGUCAAUGUCUCUACACCCCUGGCCAGGACAGACUUUGGCCAGUAUGUCAUCACGAUCACCAAUUACAUAGACAGCACCAGCUCUAUUGUUCACAUCACAGUGGAAUAUGCCCCCAAGUUUAUCUGUACUGAUCAAUAUAAAGUUAAAGAGAAUGAAAAUCACAACCUCUCAGUCACCUGUACAGUUGAUGGCAACCCUUCUUCUAAAAUCACCUGGUUGAAAGGCCAACAGGAAGUGGAUAUCCCUCAAAGUCUCACUAGGGGAAACAGAGGGGCGUACACCCUGGUUACAAACAACACACAUGGAAAAGCCACUCACAAUCUUUUUAUUGACGUCUUGUAUGCUCCUGAGUUCCUUCCAGGGAAUGACACAGUGGAGGUGAGUGCAGGCAGUGAUGUGUCUCUGGACUGCAGUGCUGAGGGGAACCCUCCUCCUGAGCUGAGGUGGACCAACAACACUGCAGAGGGAAAUGCCAAUGAGGCCACUGUGGGGCGCCUGCGUACUCUCUAUAUCUCCAGAGUAACAGCUAAUGCAACUUACAACUGCACAGUCACAAAUGGACUGGGCUCCAUCACCAAGCAGAUACAUGUCCUAGUAGAUGUACCUCCACAACAACACCCAACGAUGUUCUCCACAGCACCCUCAACUCCAGGAACUAUGACCACCCUCCCAGCAACAGCCAAGCCAAAAGUAGUUACCUUUCCUCUUGAGCUCAAACCUCCCAGAGUGGUGGUGAGAUAUGGAGACUCAGUCUCAGUUAACUGCAGCACAUCAUACACAGACCAUGAGGGGAUGGGCUGGGAGGCCACAAUCGGAGGUACAGGUUUUGAACAAGAUGUCAACAUUGUCACCUGGACUGUGGAUAACCUUACUGAUUGGACAAUAGAACCUAAAUGCUACGUCACUCUCAUUGACAACGAACAACCCUCAAAAGUACUUCCAGUCAUUCUCUACAAGACUCCAGACAGAGUCUCCAUCUCUGUUCUGAGACACUCUGGUCCCAUGGUGGAGGGGACAGAGUACCAGCUGCAGUGUGACAUCCAGAACAUGGCUCCUCAACAGAACCUGGUUGUGAAGUGGUACAAAGGGAAUGAACCCUUAGAUAAAUUAACUUACAGUAACGUCAGUAAGACACCAGUGGAUGUGUCACCUACUCUGAUGAUCAGCCCCAGUAGACAUGAUGAUGGAGCUCAGUAUAGAUGUAGAGCAGAACUGGACCUGGGACCAGAGGGACCACAACCCCAUCCUACAGUAACAUCAGAACCUCUCAGCAUUACUGUGCACUACAAGCCAGUGAUUGAAUGUCCAAGCCAGUACAGUGUCGUGGAGAAUUCCACCCUCGACAGGAUCCCUUGUACAUUCAAUGGGAAUCCUCCCCCUAACGUUGUGUGGUACCAGGAGAGCAGACAGGUCAAUGCCUCUACACCCCUGGCCAGGACAGACUUUGGCCAGUAUGUCAUCACGAUCACCAAUGACAUAGGCAGCACCAGCUCUACUGUUCACAUCACAGUGGAAUAUGCCCCCAAGUUUAAAUGUACUAAUCAAUAUAAAGUUAAAGAGAAUGAAAAUCACAACCUCUCAGUCACCUGUACAGUUGAUGGCAACCCUUCUUCUAAAAUCACCUGGUUGAAAGGCCAACAGGAAGUGGAUAUCCAUCAAAGUCUCACUAGGGGAAACAGAGGGGCGUACACCCUGGUUACAAACAACACACAUGGAAAAGCCACUCACAAUCUUUUUAUUGACGUCUUGUAUGCUCCUGAGUUCCUUCUAGGGAAUGACACAGUGGAGGUGAGUGCAGGCAGUGAUGUGUCUCUGAACUGCAGUGCUGAGGGGAACCCUCCUCCUGAGCUGAGGUGGACCAACAACGAUGCACACAAUGUGAAGUCGUCCACUGAGGGGCGCCAGAGGACUAUUAGAAUCACCAAAGCCACGUCUACCAAUGCUGGGAUCUACAUCUGCACUGCCACGAAUAGAGUUGGGACGGCCACCAGAACAACAACAGUAACUAUGAAAGGUGGCUUCACAAGUAUAAUUUUGACGAUUGUAUUCGUUUUCCUGGUCAUUCUCCUGAUAGUCUUCCCGAUAGUCUUCUUUAUGUGUAAGAAAAGACAAGGAUUUUAUGAUUUCAUACCAGUGAACCAGCCAAACGGUGUUCCAUUGAUGCCACUACCUACAACAGGGGUAGGCAACCAUGAUCCAGAGGGGUAUCCUAUGAAGGUUUGAGGACUUACCUAAGUAAAUUAGAUAAACUCUGAGUUCAACUCGGGAUAGCCAGUCAUACUAAAGUGUCUCACCCUUUAGCCAGGUCCAUUUCAGAACUAAUCUGCUCCUGGGCAGGCUAACUCCAGUCCAAUAGAGGUUACUGAGGGGAGGACGGACCAUAAUAAUGGCUGGACCGGAGCGUGGAUACCAUUCCACUGAUUGCGCUCCAGCCAUUACCACGAGCCCGUCUUCUCCCGAUAAGGUGCCAACAAUCUCCUGUGAACUCCACUUACCCUGACUGAAGUGACUGAACCACGAGUUGAAGACCAAUUAAAUAAGAGUCCCUCCCGCUUGUAAAGAUUCAUGAAAUGUAUUUUUUUUUUGUGUGUGUAAAGUUUUUGUGGGGGGGUUAAAAUAUAUCACAUUCCAAAUUUUGUAAUGACAGAAUGCAUUUUAAACUUCACGCACAGUAACACUUUUGUACAACAUUAAAAUGAUUUGGUCUACGUGCAACAAUGGGAUUUAGUCAAUCAAAUCGUUAAAAAUACAUUUCAUCCACAUCAUUGAACAAUUCAUUCUGAAUGAAAAACUAAAUAUAAUUUAUUUCAAACAACAAUGAGACUGCGUGAUCUGCAAAAGUAUUUAAAAUGUAAGACUAGGGUGGGGAUUCAAUCGGAGUAAUGUAUUUUGCUUGAUUUUGAAUGUGACUUUGAGUAACAAAUCUAUGUGAGUUUACUGUUAAUGUACUUGUAUGGGAUUUGGAGUCAAUGUCAACUAUGUGUAGACUGGACGAGAGCCACAACUUUGGUUUUAGAAGUGGGGGGACAUAAUAUUAUUUAAAAAAAUAUAUCCAGUCAGAUAAACACUCCAAACAGCCUAUGCAACCGCUCGGAGACAUCCACAUGGUCUUAAAGCACACCGUUGGCUAGUUUUGUAUCACAUUCCAAUGAUAAAACUGGGGAGGACAAAAUUGAAUCUCAGAAUGUGGGGGGGACAUGCCCCCGUCCCCAGUGAAAGUUGUGCCCCUGCUAGGAAUUGCACUGUAUAAGAAAAUAACAAAAUUAAAUAAUUACUGCCAUGUGCUGGCUGCCCUCUUGAACAAAUAGUGUUGUAAAAUUUGAGGAUUUGAGGAUUUAUGUAAGUAUGAAGUAGCUAUGUGUAUGUGCUUACCUCAGUCUAGAAAAUGAAUCAGAAUACUGUUGAUACAUAGGCCUUGAUUCAGUGGUACAGUUUGUUGAAUUGUGUUUACACACUCUAACUAUGAGCUUUUUUGUGUGACUAAUGUUUUUAAAAUGCUUUUGUAGAUUUUUGCCUGUUCAAGUGUCUUGCAUCUGACAACAUACAAAGGAAUUUAAUAAGAAUGUUCAUAUUUCUAUAUCAAUACUUAAUUGUAUUGCUUGCUGUAGUCUAAUUACAAUAGAAUCUGAACAUUCAUUUUCCGUUAUAAAACUAUUUUCAAAACUGUUUUUAAAAGUGACUUGUGUAUUCCCAUAAAUAAACAAGCUUCACUGCUUAUGACAUGCCACUGCCA